AUGGAGCGAGGAGGGAAGAGGACGCGGGGAGCUCUUCUCGGGGUCCGCCUGGUCCCCCCCAUUCUUCUGCCGCUCCUGCUGCUGCUGCAGCUGGUGGGGGGGGUCCCCCUGGGCCAGGGACUGUAUCCCAUGCCGGCCAGCAUCCUGCAAGCACCCUGUGUGUGUCCAUCAGCACUGUCGAGCCGUGGGACGCUGGUGCUGGAGGCAGCACUGAGGAGUGCACUGCUGGCACUGGAGCGGGCGCUGUCCGAGCAGCAGCGGCAGCGAGGGGCCUGUGGACUCUGUGCCCCCUGCCUCUUCCCACCUUGCGCCAACAUCACCGGCCAUUGCCCACCGCCAGCUGUGCCCCCCAGCUGCCAGGCCCUGCUGGAUGCCCAGGCACUGCCCGAGCUGCCCCAGCGCAACUGGGCGCUGAGCCAGGCCUGUGCCCCCUACCAGCACCUGUGCCCAUCUGAGGGGGCCCCACAUGCCUGUGCCCCGCUCAGCGCCCGGCUCUGCCAGCACCGCCUCCAGGAGUGCCAGACGGCAGCCGCAGCCCUGAGUCCUGACGCAGCAGCAGAGGUGGCAACGCCAGGGAGCUGUGGGCGCCGCGGGGGUCCACAAGCCAACGCCACGGCCCCCCGCGGACGGAUCAUGGGCGGCAGCGUGGCCCCGCGGGGCGCCUGGCCCUGGCUGGUGUCGGUGCGGCUGCACGGGGAGCUGAUGUGCGGAGGGGUGCUGGUGGGGCGCUCCUGGGUCCUCACUGCGGCACAUUGCUUUGGCGGGAACCGUAAUGAGCUGGCGUGGACGGUGGUGGUGGGUGACCACGAGCUGGGAAAGCCGGGUGUGGGCGAGAGGGCAGUGCCCAUCCGGCGCAUCCUGCCUCAUCCUAAGUUUAACCCCAAGACGUUUCACGGGGACCUGGCGUUGCUGGAGCUGGCAGUGCCGCUGGCCCCGUCACCCACCGUCAGCCCCGUGUGCCUUCCCAGUGGCCCCACAGAGCCCAGCCCUGGCACUCCCUGCUACAUCGCGGGCUGGGGCUCCCUCUACGAAGAGGGACCAGUGGCUGAUGUGGUGAUGGAGGCGCAGGUGCCCCUGCUCAGCCAGGAGACGUGCCGGGGUGCCCUGGGCAAGGACCUGCUCACCAGUGCCAUGUUCUGUGCUGGGUACUUGUCUGGAGGCAUCGAUUCCUGUCAGGGUGACUCAGGGGGCCCACUGGCAUGCCAAGACCCCACUUCACACCACUUUGUCCUCUACGGUAUCACCUCGUGGGGUGACGGCUGUGGUGAGCGGGGCAAACCGGGAGUCUACACCCGCGUCACUGCCUUCACGGACUGGCUCAGCCUCCAGAUGGACUCUGCCCCUGGCAGCCGAGAACCGAGCUGCUUCGACCUGCUGGCACUGGCCCAGCUGCCCCCAGAGCGGCAGAACCCUGAGCGCGCCCGUCUCUGCACCUUCUAUGCCGGAUCCUGCCGGGCACCUCAGGGCCGGGCCACCUGUGCCCGCCUGGCUGAGGAGACCUGCCGUGCCAGGAUAAGACGAUGUGGUGAGCUGGGGGACUGUGGCAGGGCUAGGGUGUGGGGAGGGACCCCAUUUCUGGCAGCAUGAGGCUGGUGUGGCGCCAGGGCCAUGUCCACAGUGUCCUCUCUGCCCACAGAGCUGCACUCCUACGCCCAGACCCUGGUGGAUCUCCUGCGCCAGGCUGGGGACUUCAUCCGAAACCAGUUUGAUUUCUCCUUCCUCAGCCGCACUCUGCCCCAGCUCCUGGGCAAGAUCUAUGGGCAUUUCUUCCCUCCCCGUGUCCGCAGGGAUAUCCCAGACCUGGCUGUGGCAGGGGGCCACUCAAGGCCCACAGCAGAGGGACCCCAGGAAGUCCUCACCAGGUGGGGGGCCAGGCGGCUGCCCCCCUUUGCAGACCUCUUUGGGGCAGUGGGACCCCAGUUGCAAGACUGGGUGGAGGCGCUGAGGACCAUGGAGGGGAGCAGUCCCCCGGCACCCACAAUGGACAGGGAACAGCUCCCCGGGGAGAUGCAGCUCUUUCUGCAGCAGGGUGAGGAUGUGGUGGAGGAGAUGGUGGGACAGGGACGAGCCUUCCUCACCCAGCUGCGGGCAGAGUUGGACCUUGGCACUGCCCUGGAAACUAUGGAGCCACGACAGGCACCCGGAGAGCUGGCAGGGACCCCCCUGCCAAGCCGUGAGCCCUGGUCUGCACUGAGGGAGAAACGUGAGCUGGUGUCCACAGAGCUGCCCAGGGUGGAGGAGGAGGAGGCAGGUGCCGGCAAAGCCUGCCCCAGCCUCAACGAGUCGGCAGUGCGGGUGGGUGCGGUGCGUGACCUGUACGCCUGGGUGCUGCAGGUGCCCGAGACUGAUCUGGCCAUGACCUUCCAGGAGAUCCUCGUGGACCUGGGCUCCAAAAACACCAAGGGACUGUACCGGGCGCAGGUGCGGGCCACUGUAGGGGGCCGCCCCACGGCUUUCACUGGCCUUGUGGGGCUGGAGAGCGACUCGCUGGCCCGCAGCAUGCCCGGCCUCGUCGCUCUGGCACUCGAAGCGCUGAAAACCUAAUGGUGCCCCUGGGGAAGCAUUCCAGCAUGGGGAGAGAGCACUGGGGCAGGUGUCCCUUAUGUCCUUCAAACACAGUCCCCUCCCUGCCUCAGGCUCUCAUCGUGCCCCAACUUCCCUCUUCCCAUCAGCACUUCCUGACUUCCCCCCAGGGCAGUGGUGCCCCAGGCAGUACCUGGAGCACCUCAGCCAGGAAUCACAGUCCUCCUCUCUCCUGGGACCACCCACCUUGGCAAUCCUCACCCCAUCCUCACCCCAUUUUCCCCAAAGGUACCUGAGCUGUUAUUUAUUUGUACAGAGAAGGUUUAUUUUUCAAUAAAGAAGGGCUCUAUUUUCCAGUA